AGCCCCUUCGGAAGCGACGUUCCGGGGAGUCGAGUAUCUCUACUACGACCUGAGCAGGACCGGCGGGGAGCCGAUCGUAUCGACGCAGGAUUCCGUCUCGCUGUAUUUCAAGACAAGACAUCCGUCCGGCCUACUCUUUCAUACAGGUGAUAACGGCGAUUACCUAAAUCUUGGCCUACGCGAAGGAGGCGUUGUUCUGAACAUGAACCUAGGGAAUGGUAAACUGGACCUGCAAAUCAAACCGAAAAGGGUGAGAUUCGACGACAACCAGUGGCACAAGCUGACCGUCCACAGAAGGGUACAAGAGAUCUCGGCUGUAACAAGCUUUUGCAGGCUUUCAUUAGUAGUAGAUGGAGUUUACGCCGAACAUUCAAACACAGCCGGGACAUUCACGAUGCUCUCAUCGUCCAAAGCUUACGUCGGCGGGACGGAAAACGUCCUGACCCUUAUGGGCUCCAAAGUUCACAACAACUUCAUAGGAUGUCUGAGAAAGGUCGAAUUUAACGCUGAUACGCUUAAAUUGAAUCUCGUCGAGUUGGCAAGGACGGGAAGCAAACUGGUCGGAAUCGCCGGCCAAGUGGACUUCAUGUGCCAGGAAGUUGAAGCCGCCGACCCGAUCACGUUUACAACCUCGGCUUCGCAUCUGGUACUUCCGAGCUGGGACGCACCACGUUCAGGGUCGGUUUCCGUCAAGUUGCGAACAACGGAAGCAAACGGCCUGCUCAUGUUCAGCCAAGGAAGUAACGCGCCACACUCAACAGUUCAGCCUUCAACUGUCGGCUUUUCGAUCGGCCGAUUGACUACGCUAAUCCCAGCUGUUCAAACGGCUGAUCUUUUCGCCGUCGAAUUGGACGAAGGGCACAUCUGGCUGCAUCUGGACCUGGGAUCCGGGCCGGCGAAAAUCAAAGGGACGACGAGGAGGGUCGACGACGGCUCUUGGCACGAGCUGACAUUGAAGAGAACGGGAAAACAAGGGAGGUUGACUGUGGACGGACACGCUACGGACUUCACCACCCCGGGGGAUUCGAAUCAACUUGACCUCGACGGAGGCCUGUUUGUCGGGGGUCUGGCAGCCGGUGUGAAUCCACCGUCUUCCGUCUGGUCCGCCCUCCUCGGCCAGGGUUUCGUCGGAUGCAUCCGGGACCUGGUGCUGAACGGCAAAGCGGUCGACAUCGCCGAAUACGCCAGGGCGCAGGAUUCAGGUUCAAUACAACCAGCAUGUCACCGACAGAUGCCACAGUGUGAAUCCCAGCCAUGUAUGAGUGGCGGUGUUUGCUCAGAAGGAUGGAACAGGUUUGUCUGUGACUGUACAGCUACAGCUUUCACAGGACCAACAUGCGGCAAAGAAGCCACUACGUUGACGUUCAAUGGCUCUCAAUACAUGACAAUUCGGCUGGCUCGAGAGCUCCGGAGUCAAACCGAAGAAGUGCGAUUCAGGUUCAGGACAACACGACCGGUGAGUCUGCUUUUUGUGACGAGCACAGAACAGUCGGGAGAUCGUCUGCAAUUCACUGUCACUUCAGGGAAACUCCGUCUCAAUCUCAGAUUAGGAGACAAAGAGAAAACACUUCAUUGUGGGCAAGGGUUGAAUGAUAAUCAAUGGCACACCCUCAGUUAUUCCAGAAGGGGUGAAACUAUAAAUUUAAAAGUUGACGAAGAAACACCGGUCAUAGUUGAAGCUGCGUUGGGAAGAGGAGGUGUACUUGAACUUAGGAAUCUCCAUAUCGGCGGAAUGUUUCAUGAUGAAGAAGAAAUACAAAUGACAAACUCAGUACCUAAUUUUGUUGGUUUGAUGCAGCAGUUUGUCUACAAUGGGGUACAUUAUUUUGAAUUGGCACGAGCGACCCAUGGAACCGCUGAACCUCUUGCCGGAGGUCAUACACCAAGGAUACAAGUGACAGCUACGUUUUCGAGACGUGAACACCAGCUUGUCCAUCAUCCUGUUACAUUUAAGUCGAAGCACACUUUUGUCGGCCUUCCAGUUCUAAAGGCCUACUCAGGGCCGAAUAUAUAUUUCCAAUUCAAAACAAGAGAACCUUCAGGCCUAAUUUUAUACAACGCUGGACGGGAACAAGACUUCAUCGCUAUUGAACUCAAUCAAGGGCAUAUCGUUUAUUCUUUCGACCUCGGAGACGGCCCUGUCAAAUUGAGAGACAAUGUCAGAGGAAUCCUAAACGAUAAUAAAUGGCAUUCAGUUACAAUAGGCAGGCCAUCUCCAAAACAACAUACUUUGAUUAUAGACGAAACUUAUGCAAGUAUUAUAAGUAGAGGGCACAACGAUUACCUGGACCUUGGUGGUAUUCUUUAUUUAGGUGGUUUGCCAAAAGAUGGAUUUUCUCGAUUACCAAAGCAUGUCCAGUCUAAGCAUGGAUAUGAAGGGUGUUUGGCCUCGCUAGACCUCAAUGGAGAAUCUCCAAAUAUCCUUGACGACGCAGUAGUUCCAAGUUCUUUAGUUUCACCGGGUUGUGAUGGACCCAGUACUAAAUGUAGCCACAACAUAUGUGCUAAUCGAGGAGUGUGUGUACAGCAAUGGAAUUCCUAUACUUGCGAUUGUGAUAUGACUUCUUACACUGGUCCUAAAUGCACAGAAGAAUCUAUUGCAUAUGAAUUUGGACCGAAUAGAGGACUAGUUACAUAUGUAUUCCCUGAAGACAGAAGGCCGGAGAUGAAGAGUGAUGUCCUGGCUUUAGGUUUUAUUACCGACCAAGAUGAUGCCGUUCUCCUUCGGGUGGAUAGUGGCACAUCAAACGAUUACAUGGAACUUGAAAUAGUUGAAGGAAAUAUUUUUAUGGUCUACAAUAUGGGAACUAAUGACCAUCCUAUAGGAGAAAUCAAUGUCAAAGUGAAUGACAACCAGUACCAUGUCGUGAGGUUCUCUAGAUCUGGUGCUAACUCAACUAUUCAGGUUGAUGAUUACAACGUUCAAACUAAUCAUCCAGCAGUAAUGAAUGUCAUGUUGGACUUUCUAGGACAUCAGUUGUCAGUUUUUAACAGCCAGGCGCAGAUACAAGCUGGAGGGAAGUGGAACAGAGCAAAGCAGAAAGUCGAACGUCCGUUUGUUGGAGUUAUGUCAGGACUUGUUUUAAACGGAUUAAGACUUCUUGACUUAGCUGCAGAACAAGAUCCAAGGACGGAAGUGCGUGGGGACGUCACGCUUUUAACUGGAAUCAGGGACAGACUCCAUGAGCCAUAUCAAAGAAUGCAACAGACCCCUGCUUCUGGAUAUCCUGGAGUUAUGGAUGAUUUGGUUUUCUCUGGUGCUGGUUCAGGGUGUAAUGAUGAUGAUGAAGAUCAAUGCACCCCUGUAUUUGAAACUGGUUCAGGUGAUGACCUCAUCACUCCUGUUUAUGUACCUCCUACCAGACCACCAGUCACAUCUAAGAAUGCUACUGGUGGAAAACAAUCAAUAAAGCAUUGUGAUGAUGAAGAUUGUUUUGACGGGUCUGGCUCUGGUGAAGUCACAUCUGAAGAAACACCUUCAACUUCUAAAGAUACUACAACUCAGUCAAAUGUUGCAACUACAGGAUUUUCUGGAGCGACAGAGUCGAAUUACACUGGAACUGAAACUGCUGUGACUGGAAGCAGUGGAAUUGGAGGAAGCACGAGCGAUACUUCAGUUACUUCUUCUGAACGAGGAACAAGCCAAGGUUCGACAACUGUAGACAGUACUGGCGUAUCAUCCGGCAGCUCAUCUGGCACAUCUGAAUUUACAACUUCAUCUGCAACCACGACAACAACAACUACAAGGACACCGCCGACAAUCAUUGAAUACUAUCCGCUUCCGCCUGUGCCACAACCACCGACGUCGUAUUAUCCAAAAGAAAGAGACAGAAUCUCAUCUGAAGCUGCUGAAAAUACAGCACUCAUCAUUGGCAUCAUUGCAGGGUCGAUGAUCGCAGUAAUCCUUGUCAUUCUGAUAGUGCUCAAGUUAAAAAAUAGAUCCAACGGCGCUUAUAAAGUAGACGAAAGUAAAGGAUAUAGAGGUAACGUUGGACAGAGUGCAGCUCUAUUAAAUCAGUCACCGCCCACACCACAAGCCACUGCUGUAAACGGUGCUGUUAAAAAUGGUAAUGGUAAGCCAAAGAAACGAGAGACAAAAGAUAUUAAAGAAUGGUACGUCUAAACUUCAGUGAUGCUACUAACAUAUCCAAUUUUAGAGACUGAUCAUCAGAGUGACGACUAUUACAUUGUAUAUUAACUAUAAUGGUGUACAUAGUUUUUGCAUACGAGACAUUCAAUGUUCCAUAGAUUUUAUAUAACAACUUAGUAUUUUUUUGAAUGGUGAAUGUGAAAUGAAAGUGUAGAUGGUGUUGUCGGACAUAUACAAAAAGUUGUGUGUCUUAUAACAGAGUUUUGAAGACAAAUGACUGAGAAAAAGUCAUUACUAAUAAAUAAGGAGCCAUUAGUAUUAAUAGUUACAAAUAAUUAAUGUUCUUUGUUGAUUAUUUCAAUUUAUUUUUAUUUUUAUUUUUUUUUUUUUUUUGUCAUUGUAACAUGUUAAUUUGGUGGGGAAGAGGGUGAAAAUUGAAAUCACAAAAACCACCCUGUGAUAAUUUCUGUAUUCCAUACCUCAUUGUACAUAACAUACAUAAACAAGACAAAAUAUGUAUACUGAAAAUUUCCCACCAUUUUUUUUUUUUCAUACGUGUUACUUCAUAUUAUUAACAUGUUAUGCCAUUCUGAAAAACACAUGCAUCUAAGACUGAAGAUAGAGAUAAACAGCUUAAUAAACAUAGAGCUUAAAUAAAGAAUAUUAAAAAAAAAAUUAUAUGUAUUAACUUCAAAACAGAAAUUUGGUCAGGCAGUUGUUUACAAACUCUUAUAAGAAUACAAUUUUUAUCACAGUUUCUGCUAGGUGGUAAUUAUUGAAAACUAAUAAAGGACGGCUUGUAUAAUUAUACAGAACUGCAGCAGUUUAAUAAUAUUAAAAUGGAUUUUACUCACUUAAAACUGAGACGUCAAACUUGUGGCUCAGUAAUUCGCUUUAAUAAUUAGUCCAAGCUUUUUUCAAUCUAAAGAAAAUAAAAAAAUUUGAUAAUUUUUUCCCCCAAAGCAGAAGUGAUGUGGCACAAGAAAUUAAUGUUUUGCGAAAAAAAUAUUUUCCUUAAUCCGUGAAAUUAAUAACCGUGGCCAGUGCUAAAACAUUAAUUUUUUCAUUAAAAGUAUUAACAGAAACUAUAAUAGAAUAAUUUUUAUUUAAAAAAUAAUUUUUUUACAAGAAAGAAAGAAUAAUUAUUAUACUAGUUGUUAAUAUAAUUUUAGAGUUUAUUAGUGGUUACUAAAUUGAUAAAGUAUGAGAGAUUGACUCUGAAAAGAGGCACUUUUGAAUAAUAUUGUUGGCAAUAAUAUGUUAAUAUAUAGUGAGUAAUGUUAGCUAUGUACGCUAUGUAAAUAUUCCUACUAAUGUACGGGUGGAAAAUCAAUUAAAAAAAUUUAUUGUAAAAAUUGUAUAUGAAAAGCAAUGAUCUCAAUCAUUUUGGUUUUCACAUGAAUGCGUUCUUUUUUUUCAUGGGUGUGAAUGAGAUGUGUCUUUGAUUAUGUUAUUUCUCAAUCGUCUUAGAAAAAAUAAAUUCUAUCCACUACUACUCUUAAGGUAUCAAUUAAGUAUAAAAUCGUCUAAUGUCUU